AUGGAUGGUACCGGAGUGCAGAGGUGGACAUCGUUCAAAGCACUCCUGCUGGAGAAGCCAUCCGCCAAGCAGGUUCCAACGCCAAUCCUGUUUCCGUCCUGGCACUUGGACACACGAUUGGUGGAUCCAUGCUGGAGUUUCGAUCCAUCGACGGUGCCGCUGGCCGAUUGGAUUCCUCGGCAGGGCAACGAUCCACACGAAGCGCUUCUGAAGCUGACGGAUGAAAUAAACAGCGGCCUCGGGAGACAGUAUGCUGAAGGUUACGAAGAGGCGCAGUUGGGCGUUCGCCUUGUAGACUUCAUCGUUGCCAAGUCUGGCUGCGACAUGCUGCGUCCAGAGAAUGCGGCUGCGGUGCUCGAGCGUCCCAGUAAUUGGCAAGCGCUGCGACGGCGUUUGCUGCGAAAGUGGGGAGAGAUGUGGGGCGAGGAGACGGUCUCGCGCGUCGCUUUGGAUCUCUUCAGAAGAUUGGCAGAUGACGGGGCUCGCCCUCGCCCCCUGGCCUUGCACAUCCCUUCACCGAAUGCAGAACACCCGCCAGGAGAGUCAGGAGAGCUGACAUACAGGAUUAGAUUAACAUUUCGUAAAGAUCCGGAAGCACUUCUACGUUGCGUGAUGGUGGGACCCAGUUAUGCCAACUGGGUGGAGGUGCCAGUAAUUGAUCUCUCGGACGACGAGGAACUCCAACAGGCAAGCCCCCCUGCAAAGCGACGUUGUCUCUUCAGUCCGUCGACGAGUGGCAUAGGGCAGGAACCUGAGGGACCAAGGCACGCUUUGCUUGGUCCUCAGUCCCUUCGCUGUCUUGGGACUGCCAUCUUCCCGGAAGCCAACGCGGACUUCCUACGGCAUUUGGAGGAUCAGGGAUUUGCCGUGCUGCAGGGCAUCUUGGGAAGCAGGGGCAGCUGCCAGGAUUUCCUGCAUGAGUUCUGGACGGCUAUGAAGGCCGUGGCGCCAAGCAUCGAUCCCACGCAACAGAGCACGUGGAACUUUCCAAAGGGUUUUCGGGGCAUCGUCACAAGUUACGGGCUUCCGCAAGCAGACUUCGCUUGGUCGAUACGAGCGCACCCACGGGUUCACACUGCCUUCGCCCGCAUAUUUGGUACGACCGACUUGGUCGUAAGCCUCGAUGCGAUCAUCGCAGAAGCACGACCUGCGAAAACCAAGCUGCAACCCUGGCUUCACAAGGACCAACAUCCUUCGCAUGCCGGUCUGUCGAUACAAGCCGUCUACACACACUUCGGCAGUGCACCCGGUGAGUCCGGAACCUGCGUAGUUCCGGGGUCGCACAGGGUGACCUAUGAUUGGGAAAGGAGCGCCAGGUCUGAUCACGUCCGUGCACCUGAGGACAGUUUCCAGUCUCAGGUGCUGAAGCCCGACGUGCCGCCGGACAGCAUGGUCUUCUUCAACUCACGCCUUGUGCAUGCCAGUCAAAGUGGUGCGCAGGCCUCCUGCCAACGUCCCGCAAGGCUGGGCGUCUGCGUGGCUUACGCGCCUCGUGCGCGGCGCUCCGAGGCCACACGGCGCAAGAAGGAGAAAGCAUACCUGGAGGGCAAGUGCAGUUCGCAUUGGCCCUGUGAUCGGUUUUCCUUGAAGCCUCCGCUGAAGCAAUAUCAACUUCUAAAAGGAUGCCUGCGUACGCCAUCUUGCUGGCAGUCCUUCAACUGGCCCACGCUGCAGAAUUUAAGGCCGUUCACGUAUCGGCAGAUGGCAACACUGAAGCUUCGCAUCUUGGCAGACAUGAUGCCACCUCGCGGUCAUUCCGCGGGCUAUGUGAGACGAGAACACAGGUCUCAGGAUCCGAGCUUAGCGCAGCUUGUGCCGCAGCCGGUUAUCAAGGCCGUAGAAGAUGCCACCGAAGCAGUGUCACAUGCCAAGUCAGACGGCGGGAUUGGCAUCUGGAAGGCCGAGGAGAAGCAAGCCUCAAUCGCCAUGUCGCUUUCGCUAUUGGCCUCGCUGAGCUUUGUUCUGACGGUCUUCUACAUGUGGAACACUCCCGCCCUCCAGGUUGCCACCAGAAAGGUCCUGGUCUCCAGCAUCUCUCUGUUCUCGGUGGUGCUUCUCUUCAUGGUUAUGAAAAAGCUUUGGAAGCUGGCUGCGGGGUCGACGUCGAGUGAGUCUAGGAUCCUGAGCGAUGUCUUCUCCUUUCUCCGCUUCUUGAUACUGUACCUGUUGCCCAGCGUCCUGCGGAAGCGGCUGGAGAAGCACAUGGGGACCGACCGCAUGCGAGCCUUUCAGAUCGCAGGAGUGCACCUCAUUGGCUUUGCAGGGGCCGAUGCUUUCUCAGAUUUUCUGAAGAUAGAGGUCUUCAGUGCCUCCCCGUACGGAUACUUCUUGGGAGUCUGCUGCAUGACAGUGCUUCUUGGCCUCAUGAGCUGGGUUUCGGCAAAGCUGAGGAAGGAGCCUCAAUCGGCGGAGGCAACCCCUCUCGCAGAGUCCGAUGCGACACAGGGCGACGCAGGUGAGGCUCCGCAGCCAGAGGGCGAGACCUCAGCCUCGGCAGCCUCGGAAGCCUCGGAAGCGUCCGGCAUGUCUCAAGUCCUGGAGACAAUGGAAGUUGAGAUCGCAGGCUUUGUCGUCGGGUUUCUGGCUUCGAUGUGGGUGCGCUUCACCGUAACUGGAGCCGUGCCCGGGGCCAGGUUCAGGCACGGUGAAAGUCUACAGAUUUCAGGAGAAGAUGUGUCAUGGUUGUUCUGCUUCUGCUUGGCCGCUUUCUUCUUUGCCGCCGUUCUCGUGCGGCUGCCGGCUGGUGGGUCCUCGGGAACAAGAAUGCGAUAUUUCCUGCAGCGAAGUCGCAGGACGUUGUCAGAGAGUCUGCUGAUGUCCUUUGCUUGGCUCGUCUUCUUCCUUUGCCAGUGGUUCCUCUGGCACAUCACAGCCGAUGGUGCGGACGGCUCGCACCACACGGCCAAGCUCACGGCCUCGAACGCCUUGGCUCUCCUGGCAUCAGCCUUGGUCUUCCUUCCGAUGGUUUUUGCAAAGCUUCUGGGGAAAGCAGAUUGGAUUCUUUCCAACUCCGAAGCUUUCGUGAAAGUGGCGGCUCUUGUCCUGGGCUUCUCCUGGGAGACCGCGGUCUACAUGGUCGUGCAGGGUGCCUCCGAGAGCACGGAAGGUGAGGCUACGAAGAAGUUGCUUGGGAUUGCGACGAUCUUACUCAUCCUCCUCUUCAUUUUGCCCGGGUGGUACAUGCACAUGCUGCCCGAGCCAAAGCCCGAACAGGAGAAGGAUCCAGUGGCAAAGGACAAGGCAGACGAGGUAUCAACGUGA